CUUUAUCAUCAGAUGUUUACAAUUGCAGCAAUGGCGUUGGUUUAUUGAACGAAUUAGAACAAGUUUGUUUUUCCAUUGAAUGUUCAACAUAAGAAAACCUUAAAAAUGGCUAUGUCAAAUUUAUACUCAAAAAUAGCACCGAAGCCAGCUAAAAGACUACAGGAUUUAACAGUUUCUCAGUCCAACCAAUGGGUGAACGUUGAAAGUUUAAAUAGUGGACUAUCUUCUCCACCACAAGAAGGUAUAUCGCAAAGAGAAGCUAUGAUAACCCAGCCCGCAUCGGCCCCAGUUUCUCCUUUGGCAUCCCCCAAUCCAGCUGUCAGUUCGACAACAACGUUUACCCUUACUUCCACUCCAGCAGGAAUAAGCACUCUCGAUCCUAACUGGCAGGCUAGUAAACCUACUGUAAGGGAAAGAAAUGCAGCCAUGUUUAAUAAUGAACUAAUGUCAGAUGUCACUUUCAUCGUUGGAGCUCCAGGGCAUACUCAGUGCAUUCCUGCACAUAAAUAUGUUCUGGCUACUGGAAGUUCUGUAUUUUUUGCCAUGUUCUAUGGCGGAUUGGCAGAAGCAAAAGAUGAGAUCGAAGUGCCUGAUGUGGAACCUUCUGCAUUCCUCACUAUGCUGAAGUACUUGUACUGUGAUGAAAUAUCAUUGGAAGCAGACACAGUUUUAGCAACAUUAUACGUUGCAAAAAAAUAUAUCGUCCCACAUUUGGCUCGAGCUUGUGUAGCUUAUUUAGAAACAUCGUUGACUGCUAAAAAUGCCUGCUUAUUACUGUCACAAUCACGGCUGUUUGAGGAGCCAGACCUUAUGCAACGUUGCUGGGAAGUAAUAGACGCACAGGCUGAGAUGGCACUACACUCUGAAGGCUUUUGUGAUAUAGACGGCACUACUUUGGCAUCUGUAUUGUCUCGAGAAACUCUGAAUUGUAAAGAAACUCAUCUGUUCGAAGCUGCGGUGGCCUGGGCAGGAGCGGAAUGUCAAAGGAGAGACCUUGAGCCAACACCAGGAAAUAAAAGAGCUGUCCUUGGAGAUUCGUUACAUUUAGUACGAAUACCGACGAUGAGCCUUGACGAAUUUGCUAACGGUCCUGCGCAAGCUGGACUUCUCACCCAAAAAGAGACUAUAGACAUUUUCCUACACUUUACGGCACUAGUCAAACCUUCUCUUAACUUCCCCAUCAAGUCAAGAGCUGGUCUUAAAUCUCAGGUUUGUCAUAGGUUUCAGUCAUGCGCUUAUAGAAGUAACCAGUGGCGAUACAGAGGGCGCUGUGAUUCAAUUCAGUUUUCUGUUGAUAAGAGAAUCUUCAUGGUUGGAUUUGGCUUGUAUGGAUCUUCAAACGGUGCUGCGGACUAUUCAGUAAAAAUUGAACUGAAACGACUCGGAAGGGUUCUUGCUGAAAACAACACGAAAUUCUUUUCCGAUGGAUCAUCAAACACUUUCCACGUAUACUUCGAACACCCGGUUCAGAUCGAACCAGAAUCUUAUUAUACGGCAUCAGCAGUUUUGGACGGAGUAGAGCUGUCAUAUUUCGGACAGGAAGGUAUGUCCGAAGUGACAGUGGGAAGUGUUACGUUUCAGUUCCAGUGUUCGUCGGAAAGCACUAAUGGAACUGGAGUUCAAGGGGGGCAAAUUCCAGAACUCAUAUUUUAUGGGCCAACUAAUCCCCCUACAGACGACUGAUUCACUAUUAGCUCUACCAUUUCACAGCACAUGACAGGGUAAUGCCCCAAUGCAUAGAAAGUUUAUUUAAGCUUAAAUUACUUCUAGAGUUUAUGAAUGGAAUAUUUUUUUUUUUUUUAAUUUUAAGAAUUUCCUAAUAGGGUAUAUCUACUUUAUGUAAAUAAUAUAAAUCUAUAUAUAGAAGUUAGUGCAUUGUUUAGACUAGUCCUACAAUAUUUAAUUUAUAGAUUGUACUUAAGAAAAUAUUAAAUUGAUAUUUUAAUUAAUUUAAAGUUAGGAGACAGUAUUAUGGUUUUUAACUUAUAUAACGAUUCGAUUCGAUCAAAACAAGAAGAGUUUUGAAUCGAGAUAUUUCAUCAAUAAGGACAAGUUAAGGUUAUAAAUAUAUUUAAAAAAGGAAAUUAAAACAAAAAAAAAGUGAGAUUAUUUUUACAUUAAUAUUUUUUUUACUGAGAAAGAAGUGGUUGUAAUAAUGUUUGUUGUAUUUGUUUCUUUGAUUUAAAAAAAAAAUCUUUUUUAAGUUCCUAUUUUAUUUCUAUUUAAUAGUGUGGCUCGUCCCCAUCAUGUUAAUUUUAAAUGUCAAUUGUAUAAUUGUUUUCGCACGGGCAGUAAGUAGAUUGUUAAGUCGAACUUGUCUAAGAGUGUUAAAUGUCAUUAAAAUUUAUACCAAGGAAGAUGUUACCCAAGACAUUUAAAACUACUAUAUAUGGUGCUUUUAUCAAUUUGUGCUUCCUAUAUUCACAAUGAGUUUGUAUUUCCUGUUUUGUUUUUUAAUUUAAUUUAAAUUUUAUUACUACCACCAUAGAGGUGAUAGACUGUAUCUAAAAAUAUACCAUUACAAGAACAUUAUUAUUUCUU